AUGUAUGUAUCCGAAUUGAAAACUGUCGACACACAAUGUAAUCUGUGGCAUGAGGCCCAGGAUUAUAAUGGAGCGGACGAGAUAGGUUCUUGUGUUUUGAAUUUCAUUGAGAAAACUGUCCACAAGAUGGAAGAAACUAUUGUGGAUUUCGUGUUUUACUCCGAUGCUGUGAUUGAUAUCGAUGGCUAUGAAGAAAGCGAUUCAAGCACAAAUGAAGUGGAACAAAAUGAUGACUACAUGUUUUCGGAUUCGGAGUCGAUGCAGGCUCUUGAAGAAUAUAGAGAUCGAAGCUCUUCCUUGAUUUUUCGCGAAUCGCAAACCUUGACGACAGACGAUGCUCGAAUCACUAAUGAUGCUCAAAUCACGAACGAUGCCCAAAUCACGAACGAUGCCCAAAUCACGAAUAAUGCUCAAAUCGCAAAUGAUUACAUUUCGAUCGAGUUAUCUCCAACGGCAGAUGAUAUUAAUCAGCCGGAUGCAGAAAAUUCAGACUCAGCAACUUCGGUUGAAAGAUCGUUCGAAGAUGUACCUUUUGAUGGAAACGCACAUGCGCAAAAGAAGCAGAAAGGAAUUAAUUAUAAAAACUGGAAAGUUCGUGGAGUUCUCUGGAAAGUGCACCUCCUCUUCACCUUGAAAGACGAAAAAUCUCUAAAUCCAAGUGGCUUCAUCUUCAUGAAUUAA